AAUCACUUAAGCAUGGCUCAAAUGUACCAUUACGAUUCAAUGUCUGAGGGCUCACAGCACAGCCAGGGCAUGCAGUUUGUCCCCUUCAAGACAACCACAGCUUCGUCACGGCCGAUUUUACUACACGGCAAUCUCGACGUUUGGGUGAAGGAAGCCAAGAAUCUACCGAACAUGGAUCUCGUAAACAACAGCAUCGGCGACAUAAUCGGUUCCUUGUCCGGGAAGCUACAGACCAGCGACCCUUACGUGACGAUCGCGAUAUCGGGAGCCGUGAUCGCCCGUACCUUCGUCAUCAAGGACAACGAGAACCCGUUCUGGGGUCAGCAUUUCCACGUGCCGGUCGCGCAUUACGGCACGGAAGUGCAGUUCGUCGUCAAGGACAACGACAUCGUGGGGUCCGAGAUCAUGGGCGUCGUCGCGUUCGCCGCGGAGCGGUUGGUCUCCGGGUCGAGGAUCGACGGCACUUAUCCGAUUCUAGGCGCGAACCGGAAGCCGUGCAAUCCGGGCGCGGUUCUGAGCUUGUCGGUUCAGUACGUGCCGAUCGAUAAAGUGCCGGUUUAUCAGGGUGGGGUCGGGUCGGAUCUUUUGAAUCAGGGCGUUUCCGGGACUUACUUUCCGAUGAGGAGGGGCGGGAGUGUGACGCUGUAUCAAGACGCGCAUGUUCCGGAAGGUUGUAUUCCGAGUUUGGUAUUGGCGAACGGGGAGGAGUAUAGGCACGCAAUGUGCUGGCGCGAUAUAUACGAUGCGAUAUCGCAGGCUCGUAGAUUGGUUUAUAUAACGGGGUGGUCCGUUUAUCACUUGGUGCAACUUGUUAGGGACGAUGUUCGUGUGAGGAAUAGUAGCUUGGGGGAGAUUUUGAAAGCGAAGUCUCAAGAAGGUGUUCGGGUUUUGCUACUCGUGUGGGAUGAUCCUACCUCUACGAGCAUUUUAGGGUAUAAAACUGUAAGAACCGUCUCUAUUUUGGUUUCUUUUUUUUUUGGCGCAUUUUUCCUUACUUUUUCGAAAAAAAUUAUGAUUUAA